CGAAAAGAAUGUACACAAAUCCCUUCUGCGAACGUAAAGGUCGAUUUUUGUAGGUAUUGGAUCGAUAACAAACCGAUCGUCAGUAGUGAUUUUACUACAAACCAGUGCGCUCGUCUUUUCCAGUUCUCUCAUCGUUUUCGUUUUGUGUUAAAUCCAAACACGUUUUUUUUUUUCCCCCGUUUAAUAAUAAAUACGUUCGGAUGUACCUACGUCGGUUGCGGAAAAGAUUUUAAUGUCAAACGUAAUAUGACUCGCCACGCUCGAUCGCACGAGGGUAUUAAAUUUCAAUGCGCUCUGCGUUCGAAAAUGUUUUCGCGUAAAGACAACCACGAUAUCCAUGUUAAAAUUGUUCAUCACGGCGGAAGAGUCGGUCUACCGGUUACUGUCCCGCAAGCAGGUCCUUCGAAUAUUAUCCCGCAAGCCGGCCUAUCGAAUGCCGGACCGUCUGACAAAGAUAUAUGGGGGAGCGACUUUGAAAACAACGACGACGACAAGUUGCUUGCGGCACUUGACAUGGAUUUCGAAAUGGAAAAAGGUAAGAUUUCUUUUAUUAUGUCCCGCCACGUAUCGAGAGGAUUAGUUUUAAUUUUUUUUUUCUAAUUUUUGACAGGUAGGAAACUUAAGAAAGAUGAUACCGCUGCUAGAGUGAAAAAAGCUAGGCUAGCUCUAGUGAAAACACCGGGAUUCAUCGAAAUCGAUUCUUCUUUCAACCGCAAAAUCGUAUGGUACUACGCUAAAAAUCUUACAAACAUACAAAAUUACAGACAAUUUUUCUUAUCGAUCAAACCCGCUCUUAUAGACCUACUAAAAUCAUUGGUACGAAAUAAUUCAAUCAAAUUUAAUUUGAAACUCUAAGCCUCAUAUUACAAACCUCACGUCGAUAAUUCAGCCGAGAACAGAGCGUUCAAGACCUCAGCCAGGCAAAUAUUUUUCGAUAGCGAAAUAGAAGACAUCGUAAAAGAAAAAUUCACGAAAUUAAUAUCCGAACAAGAAAUUUAUCAUUAUUACCACACUGUUAUCAUGGUUAUAUCUGCUGUUAUCACAAUUUAUACUUAUCGUUAUACAUUUAUGGUUACUCUAAUCAAGGUUAUAGUAUCACGAUUAUACCUACUGUUAUUACAAGAUAUACCUAAUACAUAUUUCGGUAUACCUACUGUUAUCACAAAUUAUACCUAAUACAUAUAUCGUUCAAAUUUAUCAGGGACGUGGUAGCGGUUUUUCGCUUCAGCAUAUAGACGGCCUUUUAUUAGGUGUUUACGAAUACCAGCCUACUUAGCGUUACCCAAAGACAUACAAAAUAAACGUGUAGUCAUCAACCCACAUAACAUGGACAAAAGAGUGUUUUAAAUGGGUAAUAUUAGCGAAGCAUGUUACAGGAAUAAACAGAGACCGCGUUGGUGGUUCAAAUUAUACCGAACACGAAAAUAAAUACAAUUUCUCCGGGAUAACGUUCCAACCCCGCUUUCAGACAUAAACAAAUUUGAAAAAAAUAAUUCGAACGUGUCCCUUUAAGCGGAAAAACGGUAUACGAGUUACAUACUGUAUACAUUUUGCUCUAUUUUAUACUACUGUUGUUUGCUAAUGAAAUUAAUUUUGCUUAACAACCUGUAUGCGAAAUGUGUAAUUUACAAAUAUAUACCAUGUAUAUGACCUUGGUAUUAAUUUUGAUACAAAACUAUUUUUGAUAUCCACUUAGAAAUCAUAAAAAUAAAGCAUUUAAAAAACUGCGCUUAUUAAAGUGUACAUGCAGUGGCUUUCAGGAUGACACCUCUUUAAAAUUAUUAUAUUGCUCUUUGGUUCAUUUACAAUUGGAAUAAGUUUUUCUUUUAUGGCUUUUUAACUCUUCCGGUCAACUUCACAAGUUAUCUAGAGUUUAAAACAACUUCCUUAGGUUUGUUUCAUUUAUAAUUUUAUUCAUAAUAUUGUGUCAAAAGAAUACCACAUCUGCUAUAUGCGAGUGGAUUUUUUAGCCAUAAAUUAUUUGAAAAAAUGUACUAAAUUUCCUAUUAAAUAAUUUAAUUUAUUGCCCUGAAUUACUAGAAUGUUUUUACAUUAAAAUAAACAUGGUGGUAUCACGAGAUAAGUCUUUAUUUUAUUUAAAAAAUACUGCAAGG